AAUGAGUCUCUUUCCCAGACGGAUUUACGAUUAAACUGAAAUUUUAUUACGACUGCAACUAGGGGGCGAACUCUGACAGUCGCAUUCGAAUGUAGUGUACAAUGGACAGACAGUUUAGAUUAUAUAUCUUUAAAAUAUUAAAAAAAGAAAACAUAAAGUGCAAAUGUAGUCAUUAGGAGAUGGCUAUAUAGAUGGUUUCAUCAGACGCACAUGCGUUCCUUCCGGUCUCUCUUUGUUUAAUGGUCUGACUAGUGGCUAAACUGAAAUCUGGAACAAAUUGAAAAUAAAUGUUUUGGUUUCCUAAAGAUGAGGGAAGACAGUGAUCAUGGAUUGCCGCUAUUUGUUGGGAGGUUUGGCAGCCGAUCUGUAGUUAAGAUUGGAUACAUUAUAAUACACAUUUUACAGAAUAAUGUUAGCUAAGUGUCGUUUUUUAUACGCUUUAGCUAUGAUUUGAACUAAGGUAAUUUACGUGUUGCUUAUUUUGAUUGUUUUUAGAAAUAAACUACUCUAAAAGGACUCUGUUGUUAUUGAUUCUUAGCGGAGUUUACCGGAAGUUAUGUUUGUUCCACGAAAGCUGUUUGUUUAUGUUGUUACUGCUGAAACCGUCUAUAUGUUAUAAAUACUUGUGUAAAUACUUGUUGUGUAAUGUAACAAUUUAUGAAAGUUAAACAUCAUAAAUUAGUUUAAGAGCUCUGCUUAUACCACGUUUACCACAAACAUUACUCUCUGGUGCCUAUUUUUAAGACAUUUGAUAGGUUAGAUGUAGGAUUUACAGAAAAAUAAUCAACACCCAUAGAAAAUUUCUCAGCCAAUCAAAAUAAAGGGCCUGUGGCAUAAAUAAUAAUAAUAUAUAUAUUAGGUAAAAGUAAAAAAUAUAUAAAAGAUAAAAAGUUUGGCUCCCAUCAUGGCCCUUGAAGAAAAGUAGUUGAAGACCUCUGCUAUUUAGCCAAAUUUGAGUGGUACCCAUGCCCAUGUUUUAUCAUCUAGUGGAAAGCCUUCCUAGAAGAUUGAAAGCGAGAGAUUAAUGCCUUGCUAUUGAAAUUAAAUGCUUAACAUCACACAAAAGCAUCAAGCGUCAUUAACUAACUGACAUUGCUUUAUGGGUCCUGGCUUGCUGUUCAGGUCUGGGCCAUUUCUAUCUGUUCACAAGGCCACCGUCAUUUUGAAAUUCAUGCAACAAAGCCGUUGUAUUAAAGGGUUUUUGUAGGUUUCAUAGUUCUCGACAAAUAGUGUAAAAUAUUAAACUGGUUAUUAUCAGCUGCUGUUUGUUAGUAGCCUUCUGAGGUUAAAUUACACAGAAUUUAUAAUAAAUUAAUGUAUUUUAUAAAAUGGCAUAAAACUGGGGCGCUCCCUGUCAUCAUCCAUAGUUUGAGAACCACUGGCUUAUUGAGUUUUUAUAAAUGCUAGCAAUGUUUGAUAUUAAUAUCUGUCCGACCUGUGAAAGUUAAAGAGAAAUAAUAAAUAAGAUUAUUAUAUUUCUGUUCCCCAAACUCACUACUGCACAGUCAGAGUUUCUUUAUCAUCCUUUCUCCUUUUCUUAACUUCUUUCAUGUAGCUUAUGAAUUUUGUCUCUAUAGAGACUUAAAAGUAUGAGCAAGGCCAGAAUGAAAACUAGGACAAACCUAUAACCAGCUUACGCAAAGCAGAUUACUCAACCAGCCUGCGUGUUGCUGUGUGUGUCUAAUCGAUCUAUUUAAGAUUGACAAAACACGUUAUUCCUCCAGUUAAGAACCAGAGACCAACAUAUGUGAAUGUCUUUUUCAGCUUGGUAAACAUCGAGAUCAUGCAUUUGUCUGAAACAUCAAGACAGCCUUGGGUGAUAUUCAAAGUGAAAUUCAAUAAGAGAAGGUGAAGCAGACAGGGCUGUUACAUAGAAAAAUGGCAACACAGAGUUUACUGUAAGGUUUGUACGUAGGCUGUAUUCAACUGAAUGAAGUAAAUGACACCGACUGAAUUCGAUUAACUGCCGAAUUGAAAGACAAUGACUUCAAAGAACUCUUUACAGUAAAACAGUAGCUGAUAUGCUGGCAGCUGAUGAAGGUGCGUGUGAUCUGACAUCAGGAAGCAAAGCAUCUGUGCCGCCCUGCGCAAAUAAUCAAGCUACUGACAGUGCACUGGAGGAACCAGUAAAUAACCCACAUACAGCCUCCAUUAAUAGCCAGGAUGACAGUAACUUUCCCCUGGAUCCAGAAAAUGGAUAUCUACCAGACCCCCUUCCACCUGCAUCCACACCUGUAAACAGUCCCGAACUGCCUCUGCCUCCAGAGCUGAGCACCCCUCCACCGUCCAUCAUCAGUCCCGCACGGCCCACCACCCUGCCUCUCAAAAUGAUACCCCGACCAACCAACACCACCACAGUCUCUACCACCGCAUCCAUUACAAGAGAGAACGGAGGGCCGCUGAGCAGGGACCCUGAAGAAGACGAGAAAAAGCUGAUGGAGGAAGAGCUGAAGAAAUGCAUUGAGGAUUUUAGGAAGAUACGCAUUCCCAAACUCUUCCCUGAUCGCAAAAGACACUGGCAGAGUGAUCUGCUCAAAAAAUACAAUGCAUAAGGUUUUUAAUGUCAGGCUUCAUUACUGUAAUGAGGAAGACUUUUAAAAGCGACACAACGUCAAAAGCACUUAACUAUAUCUCAGAUCAGACACAAAUUAACUCUAGUGAGCAAAAUCAUUCUUGCUUGUAUCCAUCCAUAACACAAAAUGAAGAUUUGUAUGACACACAGUUGCUGCACACAUAUCCUUUAAAUUGAAGAUGUGAAACAACUUUUAGCUCUUCUUAAAUACAGUGUUUAUUCAUUUAGGUGUGUGGUAGGUAUACUCAGAAUGUGAUCUUUGCAAAUAUCUAAUGCAGUGGUCUCCAACAUGGUGCCCACACAGAGUCUGUGAGAUGCCUGCCAAAGCACCAUCUAUUAAUAGCCUCAAUUCAAAUAUUUAUUUAUUACAUAUUUUUAUAUUUUUACACAGUGAUAAAAUACGUAUAAACAAAUAAAAUAAAACCAGCAAGUAAAACAAAGAAGUUUUAAGUAGACUAUAUCAAGAGUAGCUCUCCAGAUUGUUUUAUCUAUUGUGGUGGCCCUUGCUCACAAAAAGGUUGGAGACCCCUGUUCCAGUGAGUAGUGAACACACACACACACGCACACACACACACACACGGAUCAGUAGUCAGUCAUCCAUACAGUGCCCAAUAGCAACUGGAGAAAAGAUGCCUUGCUCAAGAGCACCUCAGUCAUUCACUUCCUGCCAGCAAUGAGAAUCAAACCAGCGACCUUCAGGUUACAAGUCUGACUCUCUAACCAUUAGGUCACUGCCAACUGUUUCAAAAUGAAUCUUUCCUCACUUAUGAGCCAUAAGUGAUGUAAGAGCAAUGCAACUGAAAUAUGAAUAGCCUGUGUGUAGAUUCAUUGUUCUUUAAUGGCCAUGUAGCUUUUAACUGAAGUUUAGCACCUUGUUUUUAUAGCAUUCAUAUCACAUAGUUCCUCACUCCGCUCAACCCCCUCAUGGGUCAAAUUUGAGAUUUUAUUUCAGUAAACAUACUGUAUUACCAUUUGCACGCUGCACCACUGUAGUUGUUGCUGUGUGUCAGUAUUGCAAUGCUUGGAUAUAUCAGAAAAAUGAACAAAAACUGUCACUUGGGAAGGUAUCCUUUAAAAAAAGUUAGAUCCUCAAUAUUGGUACCAAAUGUAUACUGCCCUACAAAGGCUAAGUUCAGUAACUACACAAACACUGAAACAGAGAAAAAUGCCCUUAAAGUUUUUACACCAGCCAGUCAAACAUGUUAUUGCAAUUUUGGCACACACGUUUCUAUGAAAUGGAGACUUUGUCACAAGACACAACAGAUCUCAUAAAGCCCAUUUCAACCCUUAACUCAAUUUUGACCAAAUGCGUAGUUACUGCACUUUGGCUUUGUAGGGCAGUCUACAUAUCUGUACUCAGUGACAGCUUUUGUGCCAUUUUUUGUGUGUGUCAUGUAAAUGAUUUCUACUUUGUUUAAAGGGAUAACUGGU